AUUUGUUUGGAAGUAUAAAAAAAAAUUCCGAACAGCUGGCGCUGUAGUACAUUUAUCUGCCGAGCCGACAUUUUUUCUCUACACAAAGUAAUAUGAACCUUUCAAAGAAUGUAAAUAUAAAUAUGAAGAGUUAUGUAUAACGUAUUGAUAGUUGAUUAAUUAUAACAAAACUUAUCUCGUCUUCAAUAAAAAAUAUAAUUAACAACAAAAAGUACCUAACUCGUUAAACUAUACAGUCAAGGUUAUGCUUUAUAUGAAAUAAACUUACGUUCUCCGGUAAUCUUGUAUAAUCAACAUAAUAAAUUUGAUAUAUUCAUGAUAACAAUGAACUCAAGCAACAUAAUUCAUCUUGGAGACUCUGAAUCCGAGUUCAGUGGUAGUAUUGCUUGGAUGGAAGCUCCCGAUGACAUUUCAUCAGGUAUUCAAAGAAUGACACUAAAGUUAAUUAGUUCUUCUAUUUUUGGGGUACAAGAAUACGUUGAUGAGACUUUUCUUGUACCGAAAGUAAGGACUAGGCCAAGUAAAAAAAAAAAAAUUUCAAAGAAUCUCAAGGAUCGGAAUCAUUUGAAAAAUCGACUUGUUGAUGGUAUAACUUUUGAGAAAGCUGUUUCAAAGAGAUUUAAUUUUAAAAAACCAAUUAUAAAUAAUGACACUUGGAAGAAAAAAAUACUUGAAUUCAAACGGGAUAAAAAUAUUAUUUCGGAGAACUUCAACAAUCCAAGUGUUCCAAAAAAAAGUUUUCCAGUUAUUUUACCAGAAAAAGUCUCGGUACUUGAGGAAUUAAAUCAAGAAGAGUUAUCUCAACAAUCAAGUGAGCACGAAUCUACGUGUAAUGAGAAUCCUAGACCGUAUAAUUUAUUAGAUGCAAAGUUUCAUGCUCUGGCAGAAUAUCUUCCUGUAGUUUUGCUUGAAAGAAUCCAAGUACCUGAAAAAAUAGUAAACACUUCUACUGCAAAUGUAGAAUCCGUGAGAAAACCGAAUCAAAAUUCAGUUGAUAAAAAUUCUUCGAGUUUUAAAAAGUCAAAGCCGGUGACAGAUAAAAAAGAGCACAAGUGUGAACAGUGUGAUUACAAAUGUAAACGAAGAAGUCACUUAAAACAUCACAUAUUAAUUCACUCUAGUGAUCUGCCAUUCAAAUGCCCAAAAUGUUCUCAUAAAACUAAACGUUUAGCGGAUCUGAGAAAGCACGUUAAAAUUCAACAUAAUAAUGAAUUUCCGCACACAUGUCCACAUUGUUCACUCGGAUUUACUGAAUUGAUUCAACUCAAUAAUCAUAAUCACAGAUGUUUUUUUGCCGCUGAAAACUUAUUUGAGUGCGAGAUUUGUAAGAAAAGACUUGCUACACCUAAUACCUUGAGUACUCACAAGCGCUCGUUUCACUCAGCUGGUUCAUUUACUUGCUCAAUUUGUCAAGAAAAACUUGGAGAUAAAUACUCACUUGAACUUCAUAGAAAAACUCAUAAAAAUGGACAAACGUUUACUUGCAAUAAAUGUCCGUUUAAAACAGUACAUGUAGCCAACUUAAAAAGACAUUGGAGUAGACGCCAUAAAGACGAGAACAAUUUAAUAAAUAAGUAACAAACUCAUUAUGCUAGGCU